GCACGACCGUUGCGAUCAGUACUACUACAGAGACUAGCGUACCUGUUACCAUUGUGACGGGCGUUCCCGAAACGACCACUGUCGACCCCACCACUGCUAACCCUACCUCGAGUGCUGAAUCUGCUGCAAUCAGCUCUGUUGUGAUUGCUACGUUGCUGAUGAUGAGCGCUUGA